AUGGAGAAUUGCUCAGGAGCAACCACUGCAUUACUUGUGAACCUGCGGGUUUCAUCGUGGUUUUGCCCCGUUUAUAGUACCGUGACAGAUUAUGACGUGUACAUGACUAGGUUCGUCGUGUACACAUUCAUCAAAACUGAGUACAUCGUGUGUAAAUUCUGCGACCGUGGGGCUAGACAGAGAGGGGUCACCGGGAACUUUGGCGGCGGAGUACCCUGUUUCUGGCUGGGCCGAAGGGCCAAAUACCCCGAACCCGUUUCCGGCUCACCCUUGCCGGCCCAGUCUGUUCUGAGGCAGAGAGCGACCCCAAUUCCCCUCUGCCAACGCCCGCGCUCCGCCUCCCCAGAUUGGACGCAGCUUCCACCGGAUCUACUAACCACAAUCUUUGGGGAGCUAGAGAUCCUCGACCUCCUCCACUCAGGCGCCGUCUGCACGUCAUGGCACUCCGCGUACUCCACCUUCCGCCGCCUCCGCCUCCCGUCCCCGAAGCAACCCCCGUGCCUUCUAUACGCGAGCGCCGCCUGCGGACCCGACGCGGCCUCUCUGCACUUCCCUUCCACCAGCGCCACCUUCAGGACUCCUGAGCCCCCCCUCCGCUUCGGCAGCCUGCAGCUGGCCGGAUCGGGGCACGGCUGGCCGGUGGCCGCCGACGAGGUCAGCAACCUCCACCUCCUCAACCCAAUCACCGGCGGCCACGUCGCGCUCCCGCCCAUCACGGAGAUGCGAGGCGUCGAGAGCUCCUUGGACGACGAGGGAGACCUCGCCUACACCUUCACCGACUUCAGUGCACCCGCGGAGGAAGACCCGUUCAGCCUCCCCGCGGUCGAGGCGCGGGAGACCAUGUACCACCGGGCAGUUCUCUCCUGCAGCCCCUCCGCUGGCAGCGCGUGUGUCGUUCUCCUCAUCCACAUGCCGCUCGCCGAGCUCUCCUUCGCCAGGGUCGGCGACGAGCGGUGGACGGCAUUGGCCGAGUGCACGGGCCUCCAGAGGCGCAACUUCCACAGCAAUGCCGCCUACAACGCGGCUGACGGCCUGUUCUACGUCCUGAGCUACGAUGGUUCCAUGCACACCUUGGAUCUGAACGGGCCUUCUCCGGUGGCAACCAAGAUCAUCCCCGGGUCCAAGUUUGAUCAGCCUUUCAGUUCUUACCUUGUCCAGACGCCAUGGGGCGACCUCUUGCAAGCGUGGAGAUUCAGGAAAUAUCUCUGUCCGCCCACGCCUUGAGAGUGGGAGGACGAUGACCCACGAGCGGAGCUCAACACGACUGAGCUGCGGCUCUACAAGGUUGAUGCCCAUGGACAGAAGCUAGUGAAGGUGGACAGUGUGGGAGAUCAUGCCCUUUUCCUCGGUUAUAAUGGUUCAAUGUGCCUCCCAAUCAAGGAUUUUCCCUGGUUGAGGCCAAACUGUGCCUACAUUACCAAUGAUUCAUUUGAAUAUAUCAUGUGCUGCAAAUCCAGCAAGCGGGAAAUCGGUGUGUGGAGCAUUCAAAACCAGAAUUUGCAUAACCUUGGUGGCACUUCACCUCCCUGGUUGAAUUGGCCGACGCCCAUCUGGAUAGUGCCCUCCCUUUUGUAGGGAGAGGAUUUGAUUUGCUCCCUGAUAGCAAGAUUUGUUGUGUUGUAUGUUUGUGAAUGAAUUAUUAUCUCUUUUUCUAGAAUAUGAAUGAACUAUUAUCUCUGAACCUACAUUGAUCUCUACCUUAUUUGCAUUGUGGUACUUUGCUCCCUGAUAGCAAGAUUGGUUAUGUUGUAUGUUUUCAAAUGAA